AUGGAAGAUUUAUCCACAAUUAAUAUAAAAGAGCAGUCUUUCUCACUUCCCUUAAAGAGGAUUUACGAUUCGCAGAGUACCUUUACGUUUCAAUCAUCAAUUGCUAUUUACAGAUUGAAGUAUUAUUUACACAAAUAUAUCAAUAUGGUUCAUAACGUUGAAAUACCUGACUUAACCUAUGUUUCUGAAAUUACCAUUGUUAACGAAAUGUCAAGCCUACUCACGGAGCUGAGCAAUGAUAUUGACACAAUCCCACCAUUCGAAGGUCCAAGAAGAUACGGUAACUUAGCAUGCAGAAAUUGGCAUUCCCUAAUUGAUUCGAAAGUGCCGUUACUAUUAGAGAAAGUACUAGGAUGUUCAAAUCAUGCAACGGAAAAAGGGGAAUUUGAGAAAUUAAAAGGAUGUAUAAUUGAACUAAAUUAUUAUCUUUGCAACAGUUUAGGGUCAGCAACUAGAUUAGAUUACGGUACAGGCCAUGAAUUAUCAUUUCUUGCUGUGAUAGCAGCAAUGGAUAUGCUGGGGCUAUGGACAGAAAACUUUAAAGGAGUAGAUUUGCUUCAUAUGUUCCAUUGUUACUAUGAGUUAGUUAAAAAAUUGAUUGUAACAUAUACAUUAGAACCGGCAGGGUCACACGGAGUUUGGGGAUUAGAUGAUCAUUUUCAUUUAUCAUAUAUACUCGGUAGUUCUCAAUUAUCUGAAAACCCAAACCCUCCAUUCUCACCAAGUGAUAUUAUUAAUAAAAAGAUUGUUACCGAGUAUAUGCAUAAGAAUUUUUAUUGUUAUACAAUUGAUUUCAUAUAUAAAGUUAAAAGUGGCCCUUUUUCAGAACAUUCACCAAUAUUAUAUGAUAUUUCCACCACUGUAAAUAGCUGGCUUAAAGUUAACUCAGGGUUAGUGAAAAUGUAUAUGGUUGAAGUAUUAAAUAAAUUUCCAGUUGUUCAGCAUUUUUGGUUUGGUGAAGGAUUUUACCCAUGGAAGAAUGUCAAAACACAUAAAUUACUUGAUGUGUAUAUGAACGAUACAAAUCAAGAAAAUAAUGUAUUCAAUUCAUCAGAUAGUAGUAGUAUCCCAAAUAAUGCUAUGAAUAAAGAUAGAUCUGUCAACCAAAAUCCCAGUCAGCUUAAUAGAAUUCCACAAAAUAGAUAUACCGCAAUUCCUGUUAACAAUAGAGAUUUAAGAAGGCCACCGAUGGGCCCUCCAAGCUCCCACGGAGUGGAGAAUAUCUUACAGUUUAAACCUAUUGAUAGAUUCAGAAGGAGACGAUGA